UCAUUCGCUGGGAGGAGUAUGAGCGAGGCGGAAGUGCUUAGUUGCCUCCGCCCCUACCAAUAUGGCCGCUGUGAGGAAAAGCAGGAGCCCGCGGGCUGAGAGGUGGAUCCUGUGAGUUCAGCUCUGCAGGUCGUUGGACUUUCAAAGGAAAUGUUACUGAUAUGGUCGUUUCUUCCAUAACCCUAUGGAGAAAAAGGACUUCGAAGUAUGGCUUGAAAAUCUCUCGGCUACGUUCUACACCCUGACGGACCUGCAGAAAAAUGAAACGUUGGAUCACUUGAUUAGCCUGAGCGGUGCCGUACAGCUGAGGCACCUCUCCAACAACCUCGAGACUCUGCUCAAAAGAGACUUCCUCAGGCUCCUGCCUCUGGAGCUCAGCUUUUACUUAUUGAAAUGGCUGGACCCUCAGACCUUACUCACGUGCUGCCUGGUCUCCAAGCAAUGGAACAAGGUAAUAAGUGCCUGUACGGAGGUGUGGCAGACGGCGUGCCGGCACUUGGGCUGGCAGAUUGAUGAGACAGUGCAAGAUACGUCGCACUGGAAGAAAGUCUACCUGAAGGCAGCAAUUAGGAUGAAACAGCUCGAAGACCAUGAAGCCUUCCAAACAGCAUCACUUAUUGGUCACAGUGCCAGAGUUUAUGCACUUUAUUACAAGGACGGACUCCUGUGUACAGGUUCAGAUGAUUUAUCAGCGAAACUUUGGGACGUGAGCACGGGACAGUGUAUAUAUGGCAUCCAGACCCACACGUGCGCUGCUGUGACGUUCGAUGAGCAAAAGCUUGUGACCGGCUCCUUUGAUAACACAGUCGCCUGCUGGGAUUGGAGUACUGGGGCCAAAACUCAGAACUUCAGAGGUCACACAGGGGCAGUGUUCAGCGUGGACUACAAUGAUGAACUGGACUUACUGGUUAGCGGCUCAGCAGAUAACACUGUGAAAACGUGGGCCUUAUCAUCCGGAACGUGUUUAAAUACGCUGACCGGCCAUACUGAGUGGGUGACAAAGGUUGUUCUGCAGAAAUGUGAAGUUGAGUCCAUCAUGCACAGCCCUGGAGACUUCAUUCUCCUGAGUGCUGAUAAAUAUGAAAUCAAGAUCUGGCCAAUCGGAAGAGAAAUUAACUGCGAGUGCUUAAAGACUCUGUAUGUGUCUGACGAUCGCAGUAUAUGCUUACAGCCCCGGCUCCACUUUGAUGGGAAAUACAUUGUUUGCAGUUCUGCCUUAGGAUUGUACCAAUGGGACUUUGCUAGUUAUGAGAUACGCAGAAUCAUCAAAAUGCCGGAUUCUACCAACCUCUCGUUACUUGGCUUCGGUGACAUCUUUGCUCUGCUGUUUGAUAACCGUAACUUGUACAUCAUGGAUUUACGGACAGAGAAACUCAUAAGCCGCUGGCCUCUGCCGGAAUACAGAAAGUCCAAGAGGGGUUCCAGCUUUUUGGCGGGGGAAAUCGAUUGGUUGAAUGGCCUGGAUGGGGUGAACGACCUGGGUUUGGUCUUUGCCACGAGCAUGCCGGAUCAUAGUAUCCAUUUGGUGAUGUGGAAAGAGAACAGCUGAGAUGAAAGAACGUGGGCUGAUUUUAACAGAAGGAGAAAGAUUUGCAUGAACCAAAGUUUCUCAUCUUGUCACGCAGUGCACAAUCAUCCUUUAACUUGCAUUUCUUUGGGGUGAAAAAGGGGAGUGUCUUAUGAACAAACCAAUCCGGUCGCAUGCUGGUGGGAUUUCACCGUGAAACGCGUCUAACAACCCGCCAUCAACAUCUCCGUAGUGACAGGAUUUUAAUAUCCACCACUCCUUACGCCCCGCCUAAAAGCGUUCUGGAUAAACGGAUACAUUUUUAAAAGGCUGGUUUUACAUGGAAGUUGCAAUAAUAAUAAUAAUAAUAAUAAAAAAAGUCGCGCUCUCUCCAUAUUCCGACGGAUGUAAAUGUCGGCCUUCAGAACUGUAAUCUAUUUUACUAUGCAUUUAACCGUGUACAAAUGCACCAUGUAGAGGUAGACUAGAGUAUUACAGAGUAUUCUUGUUUGAGCACUUAGAUAGUAACAAACUUUAUCGAGGAGGAAAUGUUCUUUGGAUUCCGCUUCUCCGCCUGUAAUUGUAGCCUGUCUUAUUAUCUGUGGAACAGACUGAGGAGUAUGAGGGCUGAGGAUAUUACUUCUCUGUGUGUUUGUAUUUAUUACUGUCGCCCAGUAGGUGGCGUGUUUGUAUUGAACUAUAUACACAAUGCCACCGGCACCAUUUUCUUCCAAAUUCAAAUAUGCAGAGAAGGAAGAACAUUCUUUCUUUGCAAUUGGCUGCAGCCCUUAUAUUUUGCAGACUAUUUAAGGAAGAAUGAAUCAAUGAAAGAUUAAUCCUACUUGUAAGGGUGCAUUGUCCCUUUAAUCAGGGGGAAAAAUGAUAUAUCUAUAAAUAUAUAUAUAUAUAUAUAUAUAUAUAUAUAAUCUCUAUAUAUCUCUCUCUCUCUGUAUAUAUAUAUAUAUAUAUAUAUAUAUAUAUAUAUAUAUAUAUAUAUAUAUAUAUAUAUAUAUAUGCAGCAGGAUGCCCGAUCAGCGAUAUCCAAGUCUGCUGCCGAUAUCAGUCGGUUCUUUAUCCACCAUAAGCAACGAAUAUCGUACAAAAAUUAGUUUCAUACGAUAUUGUCUGUGCGUCUAUGGCCACCUUUAGGGCCUAAGGACUAGGCAUUAGUCUCCCUUUUGUUUAUUUUAUCUAUUUACUUUUUAACCAAACAACAAGCAGUAACGGAUGAUCAGAUUGCCAACUUCCCCCCCUCCUCGGUCUAAUGAUACCAAACCGCAUGUAAAUGUAUUUUAAUACACCGUGAAUAUACACAACGACAGUACAAAGAUUGUUUGUUUUUGUUUUUUUAAAUAACAAAAUGUCUCAGUGAUUGGUUCCGAAUAAAACUGCAUUCCGGCGCCUAAUUAAAGCAGAACUGAUAACUUAA